AUGGCCGUCGUCAUUUCGACCGAAGAGAGCAGCUAUUUCGCACCUUCAAAUCUCAGACGCUCCCACUCCCAACCCAAGUUUGGCACCAAGCACCAGGGAUUCCGUACAUCGUCUUCGACGUCCCGCAUAAACGAAAUACAUAAUCACCCUGUCCAGGUUGUCUCCGAUUCGGCUCCUUCUUCAGCACCAUCGUCCCCUCACCCGAGCCAUACUGACUCAACGACCGGAGUGUCCUUUGCAAAGAAGCCCACGACCUCGUUACCCCUUCAAUCGCGCUUCGACGAGGCUCUUCAUCUCGGACCGACCCAGCCCGAGGACGCCUUCACUCUGCCUCAAUACGACGACGUAGGGUUCCUUGAGGAAGCCGAAGACCUGGAGCCGCCACCUAGUCCCCGUGGGUUGGGUGAUUCAUACACCGUUUCGCCCAAUGACAACACCACCUCGACGGAUACGUCUCGGCCGGACUCUCCAGACUUCUUUGAGCAUGCUGAGGAUGACACGGCCCUGAGGGCACAGCCGUCCAGGCAUGUGGACUAUCUUUCUCACGAUUGGAGGGAAGAGGACAUUUGGGAAUCCUGGAAGUAUAUCGUGUCUAGGAGACGUGAUUACACUAAUUCCGCCCGGCUGGAGAACGCAUCGUGGAGAACAUGGAUGAAGUCGAAAAAUAAGCUAAAGACCAUCUCACCCGAGACUCUGAACUGGCUCAAGGACUGUGAUGUGACAUGGCUCUAUGGGCCGCUGCAAACCGGGAACGAGGGUCUCAUCCCGACUCAGCAUCAUAAUAGCGCAAACCUAUCCAAGAACCACUCAUUCGUCAACAAGAAGCCUAUUCUCAAGAAGAGGAGUAUGUCUGAAGUCAUGCUUCAGAGAUCAUUAUCGGCCUCAUCUCUAUUGAAGCAAGCUGCCGCGGCAGUCCAGGCUCAGCAGAAGGAAGGGGGUGGCCGGAUGGCACGCCCUCGCCUGGAGCGAGCCGCUACUGAUUAUAUGACGUUCCCCUUCUCAUCGACAGGAGCGACUCCUAGAAGCAGUAGCCUUGUCCCUUCUAGUGCCUCCUCCGGCAUCAUCACUCCCAACACCGAGAAGAAGCAUAUCCACUUCAACGAACAGGUUGAGCAGUGCAUAGCCGUCGAGAUCAAGGGCGAUGAGGACGAUGAGGACAUGGACCCGGCUCCUUACCCGUUCGACAGCGACUCGGAUGAUGGGGCCAUCAUGAUGAAGAAGACUAGCGUCAAGAAGAAGAGGCGUCCGACAAUGAAGAGGAGGCCGAGUAGUAACAACCACGGUGAAACCCCGACCAUCGCCAUGCUUCCUUCCACGACGCUGAAAUAUCGGGAAGACACUCCCGAGCCUCAAGAGACUGCCAUGAAGCACAGCUACCGCCACCCCAUGCUUUCGCCUUCUUCUUCUCAAGAAACCCUGCGGCCGUCGAAACCUUCAAAGAAGAUGUUCCUCGGUGACGACGACGAAGAGGAUGAAGAAGACGAGGACGACGACAACGACGACUUGACCAUCGGGAUGAACCGGCGAUCGCAAGCGGGAGAGUCGAAGCUAUCGGCCGGACCUUCACAGGACAAGUCAUCUGGCGGGCUCAAACGAUCUACGUCGUCGGGUAGCCUCUUCGCGGAACCUGCUGGGAUGCGGAGAACAGAGUCGGGCAUGUUCAUGCCGUACGAGGAAGGUGAGCCAGCGGGAGCCAACGGCGGGAUUGUCGGUCGGGUCAUUGAUACGGUCAAUACGGCCCGCGACAUCGCCCACGUCAUCUGGAACGUGGGAUGGAGGAAAUAA